GUGGUGUGUUUUGCCAGCGGACACAUCACCUCACUCCGGUCAAAUGUGGUCGCGGGAAACGCACGAGGGCGGAGGAAGCUUGAGUGGACAGGCGUCCUCCCACUGGGGAUGAGAGGGAGUGGAUUUUUUUAGGACUCCUGGAGUAGAAACAUCUCCGCUUUCCUGGCUGUUGGGGACAUAUCACUGCUUUUUCUGCAAGGGAACAAUGACCUUUUAUUUUUGGUACAAGCGGAAUUCAUUGUAGGAGGAAUUCACAGUUAAGAAAAUCCUGGAGAUGUAAGGAACUUCAAGUGGCAGUUCAACCAAGAUGGAGCCUAUUAGGAAAGACAUGGAGCUGCUUAGUAAUAGCAUGGCAACAUAUGCUCACAUCAAAGCCAACCCCGAGAGCUUCGCACUCUACUUCAUGAUGGGCGUCUGCUUCGGCCUCCUCAUGGCGCUGUGCCUGUUGGUGUCGGGAAUCACCUGCAGGUCACGCCGCCGCAUUCCCAAACCCGCGCCGUCACCCGAAAGGCGGCAACUGAAGGAGUCCAGCGAGGACGACGAAGAAGAGCGAGCGGAGGAGAGCGGAGCAGAUGAAGAAAGUGUGAAAAUGAGUCUGGCGCCGAUGGACGAAUGCAGCACGCGUUCCAACGGAACCCUAAAGAGCGUCGACGUGUUUGAUUCGGUUGAGGAACUGGAAAAGGCUCGUCGACUGGAGGAGAGAGAGCGUAUCGUCCGGGAGAUAUGGAGGAACGGGCAGCCGGAUAUUUUGGUCACCGGGACCGGCACUAUUGGGCGGGUCCAUUACCACUAGAGUCCAGAACAUGAGAACACUUCAAGUAAUAUGUUGUCGUUGUAACUCUUACCUUCUGCUUUACAAGUGAAAGAAAUGUCUGGUUUUGUUAUAAUAAGAAUGUGUCCAAGUCUAUUCCAGUUGGUAUAACGUGUAUGGUUUUAUGUUGAAAGGAAGACCAAUAAUUUAAUGUUAAAAGCUGUUCUGUGGCUGCUUUCCUGGUUAUAUUAACCAUAAUCUACACCACUGUCAUGUAACCAAAUGUGUGUGGUUCUAAUAAAGUGUUAUUUUGUUUGUACAUUUCUUCAUGUUCUUCCAGAUUAGUUACCAUCAUCAUCAUCAUCUCACUGUAAUUUCACGGCAUAUUUUAUUAAAUAAAAGGCAUCAGCUUUCAAUAAAGGUGCCCCAAUUCCUAAGGAAGAAAAUGGAAAAAGAGGUAGAUGAGGGGGAAAGAAAUUAACAAAAUGCAUAUAUUUUGCAACAUUGAUGGUUACAAUCUUCUCCCGCUUAUCCGAGGAUGAGUCGUGGGGGCAGCAGCUUCAG